AUGGAUAAGAAAAUGAAUGGUAUAAAACAGAGGAAAAGAAACCGAGAGUUUGUGUUAUCAUGUAAUGAUGAUGAUGAUGUUAAUUAUAUAGAUACAAGGAAAAACAACAAUGGGUAUAAAAAUAAAGCUGAUAAGAAAUUAAUAAAUCAAAAAGAUUUAUAUCAAAUAAAGAAAGUAUAUGAUACAAGAAAUAAAUCUUUUUUAAAAAAUAAUGAAAUAAAUUAUGAGAAUUCUGAAGAAGACAAUUGUACAUAUGUAGAAAAUAUAUUUGAUGAAGAAGAAUUUGAAGAAUGGAAGAAUGGUAAAGAAAAAGAUGACAACGACAGUGAACUAGCGAAUGAAUUAUUUGAUGAUCCUAUAAGAGAAAAUAUUAAUGAUAUAAUAGGCGAUUUAACAAAUGAAAUGAUAAAUGAUAUAACUAAUGAUAUAUCGAAUGACAUAACAAAUGAUAUAACAAAUGAAGAUGAAUUAAUAGAUGUUUCUAAUAAUAAAUAUAAAAAAUUAGUAUAUAAAAAUGGUAUAAAUGAUACUAAUAUGAAUAGUAAAAAAUGUAUGUCUAUGGUUUCUGAAUUUAAGGGGAAAUAUGUAUUAAAUAAAAAAUUAAAUAAUAUACAAAAUGAAAAAAAUAAUGAAAAGAAUCUUGAAAGGCUCCCUGAAAACUUGCCACUAAGGCACCAUGCGCGUAACAUCCGUAAUAAUAAUGAUAAUAUUAAUAAUAAUAUUAAUAAUAUUAAUAAUAAAAAUAAUAACAAUAAUAAUAAUUAUAAUAAUAGUAAUUGUUGUAAUAAUAAUUGUUCUUAUAAUUAUGAUGAUGAAAAUAUAUAUAAACGAAUUAAAGAAAUACCCGAAAUAAAUACAACUAUGGAAGAAAUGACAAACCCCAUGCUUUUUUUUGAAAAGUAUAAUUAUAUGGGUUUAAAAUAUGGAGCAUUAAAAGUUAUACCUCCUAAUUUUUUUUCUCCACAAUUUAAUUCGUAUUAUCUUAAUAUUAAAUUUAAUAUAAGAAGACAAAUGAUUAAUGAAUUAAAAAAUGGGAAGGAAUUUGAUCAUCCCGAUGAAUAUUGGACAUUAUAUGAAAUGUAUAAAUAUAAUGAAAUGCUUCAAAAUAAAUAUUUAUCAUCAGAUAAUAAAUUUGAUUUAGAGAAUAUUGAAAAAACCUAUUGGGAUAUUAUUAACAAUAAAAAGAAUGAAGAUGUCAUAUCAGUUUAUGGUGCUGAUUUACCUGUAAAAAAAAAUCAACCUACUUGUAUAUUUCCAAAUAAAUAUAAAUCAAAUAUGUACAUGACUAAAAAUAAUUCAAAUGAUAUUUUAAUAAAAAAUGAGGGAAAUAAAAAGAACAAAAAAUAUACAAUAAAUAAAAAUAAUGAACAUAAAAAAAAUGAAGAACAUAAUAAAAAUAAUAAUAAAAAUAAUAAUAAUAAUAAUAAUAAUAAUAAUAAAUAUAACAGUUCUGUUCAAAACAAUAUUGAUGAAAUUAUUAUUGAUUCGGAUGAAGAUGAACAUGUAAAAUCGGUAAAAACAAUUGCAUGCGGUCAGAAUAAAAUAAAAGAAAAUUCAACAAAAGCUAGUUAUACUAUAAGUAAGGAAAAAGUACUUCAGAAAGAUACAAACGAAAUUAUAGAGGUUAUAAAUAUAUUAGAUACGGAUAAUGAAGAAGAUCGAUGUGAUAAUAAAAUUGAAAAUGAUGUAAUGAAAUCUAAUGGGUAUAAUAUAAAGCAUUAUAAAAAUAAUACUAAUUAUAAUAUAAAAGAAUGCAAUAAUAAUAAUAAUAUAUAUAAUGAUAAAAGAUGUGGUAAUAAUAUAAAUAACAUUAUUAUUUGCAAAAAGAAUAAUAAUGUUAGAAAGGAUUCUAAUUUUUUAGAACGAAAAGAUAAUUAUUUUUGUGAAAUUAAUGAUAUAAUUAGUAAUAUAAGUGAAAACAUGAAUAUAAAGUCAUUACCAUUUGUAAGAGGUUCUAUGUUAAGAAAUAUAGAUAUUUUAAUUGAAGGUGUAAAUAUACCUUGGUUAUAUAUUGGAACAUUAUUUUCCACUUUUUGUUGGCACACCGAAGAUAACUAUUUUGCUUCUAUCAAUUAUCAGCAUUGGGGUCAACCAAAAAUAUGGUAUGUUAUACCUCCUCAUUAUAGUGACAAGGUAGAAGAUGUAAUAUAUGAAUAUUUAAAAGAAAAUAGUAAAAUAAAUAUAAAUAAUAAUACUACUAAUAAUAAUAAAGGAGGAGCAUCAUAUAUGGGUGGAGGCAGAAGAAGAAGAGGCAAAUAUUUUAGAAAGAGGAAGUUUUCGAUGCCCUCACACAGUAGAAAUAAUAGAAAAUCGGCAAAUGUUAUAACAAAUGAAAAGAGCAUAAAAAGUAAUAGUACAAAUAUUAAUAUUAAUAUUAAUAGUAAUAUUAAUAAUAAUAAUAAUAUUAUUAAUAAUAAUAAUAUUAUUAAUAAUAAUAAUAUUAUUAAUAAUAAUUAUAUUAAUAAUAACAAUAGGAAUAAUUCUUUAAAUUUAUGUAAUAGAAAUAAUUUGGAAGAUGAUUAUAUUUAUUUCGAAGCAGAUAAAAAUAAUAAAUAUAACUUUUUAAAUGUAAACAUUAAUGAUGUAGAUUUAAUAUAUACUGAUCCAUAUUUAAAAUAUAAAAUUAUAGAUAAAGACGAAAUAAAUUCCAAGAAAGAAAACAAUAAAAAUAAAAUAUAUAAAUUAACAAUUCAAAUACCGGUAGAGGUAUUUUUAAGAAAUAAUAUUCCAGUAUAUAAAAAUAUUCAAAGAAAAAAUGAAUUUAUAUUUUUAUGGCCAAAAACAUUUCAUGGUGGUUUUAAUUCUGGUUAUAAUUGUAAUGAAGCAUGUAAUAUUGCUCCAACGUUUUGGCUAUUUUUUGGACUUCAAUCUUAUUAUAAUUAUAAAUAUUAUAGAAAUACUUGUAUAUCUAUUCAUUUUAUAUUAUUUUCAAAUUUAUUACAUUUCCAUGAAUAUAAUUUCAGUCAAUUAAAACAUAUCAUAUAUUCAUUAAAGUAUAUUUUAUUAGAUGAAUAUAGAUUUUUUUGUGAAAAUCAAUCAAUAUAUAUAGAUUUAAAUCUUCAGCAUGAUGUACUUUUAAAUAAAAAAAUUGUUAAUUAUUCGAAUUUUGUCUCAUUAGAUCUAGUUAAAAUAUAUUACAAUUUCGAGAAAAAUAAAAAUAGCCAUUUCUUUCAAAGUGUUAAGAGUAAAUUGCACUUUUUUUAUAAAGAUUGUGACGCAUGCAACUCUCCCACCUUCAACA